AUGAAACUCUCAACUUAUACCAUUCUCACCGUUCUCUUCAUUUCGAUAGUUUUUGAUAAAGUUCAACUCACUGAGGCAAGACAGUUGCGGAAAGCCGACGGUCAAGAGCAUGAUCAUGAUCACUUCACCGCCGGUUACACUGAUGAUUUCGGGCCUACUUCUCCGGGUAACAGUCCGGGCAUUGGCCAUAAGAUGAAGGAGAGUGAAAAUGUUGACGGGUUUAAAGAUGAGUUCAAGCCUACGACACCAGGUCAUAGUCCCGGCGUUGGACAUGCUGUCAAGAACAACGAGCCUUAG